ACAGUGAAGUUUCAUAAUAGCGCCAAAUCGCGCAAUUUUUGGAAUUUUUCAAUUUUUUGCAAUUUUUCAUUUCUCAUUGUCAUUUUGACUGUUUAUAACUAUGUCUGAAGACGACCAUCACGCAGGGUUAGAGUUAUCCGAUAUAGUAGAAGACACUGAUCAAUUCCUUGAAAACGAUUUUCACCCAACAGAAGUAACAGAAUCUGAGCAAAGUGUCAUCCAAGAUUCUGAGAUUUUAAACUCUGAGGAUACAAUCGUUUUAGAAAAAAAACCGCAAAAUGCCAAUAAGAUUGAAAUUGUACGUUCCACAAAGCUUCCUAUGGCUAGGAUAAAAAACAUAAUGAAAAUGGAUCCAGACGUGAACAUUGUAAACGCCGAAGCAGUUUUCUUAGUCACAAAAGCAACUGAGAUGUUUUUAGAAACAAUCGCAAAAGAAACAUUCACAUACACAACCCAGCACAAAAGGAAAACAAUAACCAAGAAAGACCUGGAUGUAGUUAUCAACAAAGUGGACUGCCUUUGUUUCUUGGAAGGUGCUAUGGACUUUUGAAGGCACUAGUUGUAUUGAUACGUUUAAUUAAAAUAAGGAAAAAAUUGUAAAUAUUUUAUGAAUAAAUCAUUUAAGGUCG